CAGCUGAGCUCGCACAUCCAAUCCAACCAACCAAAACCCACGAUGUUGAGCUUCUCAUCACCAGCCGUUCCUCUCACCCUUCUCAUCGCGGCGCUCCACGUCGCCGCCAUCCAUGCACAGAUACCUGCCGCGACAACGACCGGCGCCGCAGUCGCGGCGACAAACCCGCAGUCAGGCAGCGGCGGCGUAGGCGCCGGCGGCCCGGACGCGCCGCUGGAGCUCUACAUGCACGACAUCCUCGGCGGCUCGAGCCCGACGGCGCGGCCCAUCACGGGCUUGCUCGGCAACAUCUACAACGGGCAGGUCCCCUUCGCGCGCCCCAUCGGCUUCAGCGCGCCGAGGAACGGCGUGGCGAUCCCCAACGCCAACGGCCAGGUGCCCACGGUCAACGGCAACAACGGCAUCCCGCUGGACACCGGCCUGUCCGGCGCCGGCUUCCUGCAGCCCGGGAGCGGCGGCGCGGCCGCGGCCCCGGCGCAGGUGCAGCUCGGGCCCGACGGCCUCAGCCUCGGGUUCGGCACCAUCACCGUCAUCGACGACGUGCUGACGAGCGGGCCGGACCUCGGCGCGCAGCCGCUCGGGCGCGCGCAGGGCGUGUACGUGGCGAGCUCCGCCGACGGGACGUCGCAGAUGAUGGCGUUCACGGCCAUGAUGGAGGGCGGCGAGUACGGCGACACCAUCAACUUUUUCGGGGUGUACAAGGUGGGCACACCCCUGUGCCGGCUCUCCAUCACCGGCGGCACCGGCAAGUUCAAGGGCGCCUGCGGGUUCGCCGAGGUGCGCCCGCUCAUCGCCUCCGGCCAGCACGUCACCGACGGCGCGGAGACGCUGCUGAGGAUCACCGUCCAUCUCGCUUAAGUAGCAGUUGAGCUGGUCUGGGUUGGUUAAUGUUCGGACUUGUCAUCGGUGCAUGCAUGUGGUGUUCGCGUCUCGUGGAUCGGAUCAGAUGAUGCUGUAACUGCAAGUGUGUAUUUGUGUCUGCAGGGCGUACGCGGAAUUGUGAAAGCAGUAAAACAAAAUGUUGUGUGGUUACUUGUACAAAA